AUGGAACAACAGGCCAAGUCACCGCCAGAGAUAAAGAAAGUCGCGCAAUUCCUGCGUAGUGGAGGCGCAGGAGUCAAAGUGCGGGUGGGGGCAAUGAAUGGGAAGCGGCUGGACUACUUCAAAGGAAAAUCAGCUCUGAAGGCGCUGCUGUCGCCGGCUUACCAGAAGCUGAAGGGCGUACCAAAGGUCACCAACGAGGACGAGGCGCGAACGGUGUUGCAUGCCGCCAACGCUUUCGCGUUUUACUUGCGUGUCGCCCGAGGUGACCCUUCGGGCUCAUCGUCCUCGUCACCCAGACAUCUGCAGAUUAUCCAGGAGCAGAUGUUCGCGCCGGAUGAAUACUAUGCUUGGUUCUACGAGGGCUCACAAUGGACGACGUACGCUGGCGGUAUCGGAAUGGUUGCACUACUCUUCGCCGGCGUCAUGUUCCCGUUAUGGCCCCCGACUAUGCGUCUUGGUGUCUGGUAUCUGAGUAUGGCGAUGCUCGCAUUCCUUGCUCUGUUCUUUGCCAUCGCCAUCGUUCGCCUUAUCUUCUAUAUUAUCACCAUCGUCGUCGCUUCCCCCGGAAUCUGGAUAUUCCCUCAACUAUUCGCUGACGUCGGAUUUGUCGACUCUUUCAUACCGCUAUACGAGUGGGACAUGCCGAAGAAGAAAGGAAAGAAGAAGGCCGAGAAGAAGGCGGACAAGGGUAAAGGGAAGGCAAAGGAAGUCUCUACAAAUGGUGCCGGCGCAUCGAUUGUUGAGGCGGACUCUGACGACGUGAAACCCAAAAGUAGGCGAGUGAUGGUGGAAGAGGUUGAGGAUGAUGAGGAGCCUUCUUCAUAA